AGUACUUGCAUUACGUUGUCAAAUGUCCGUAGUCCGUACCUUACUUUUGACAGGUAAUGGCAGGCCGGCAAGCCAACGUGUCUCUUAUUUUUAAGUGAACUGUUGUUUGCAGCGCCUGCAGGGAGCUGUGAAGGAGCUGGGCUACCAAGGAAUACGUCCUCCUUCAGCUGCAUGCAAUAAGUGGCCGAGAAAGGGUGUAAAAAGAGGUGAAAUAGGGUUGUUCACCCGAGUGCCGUACUAGCUUACGGCCGACCAAGGUUUAUGGUUGUAUCGUGGGUCUCUCGGACAGUACAUUCACUUGUCAUGGCUGCUAAGUACAAUGUAGUGUUUGUACUUGGAGGACCCGGUGCUGGCAAGGGGACUCAGUGUGCCAAGAUUGUGGAGAAAUUUGGAUAUGUGCAUCUCUCAGCGGGUGACUUGCUGCGGGAAGAGCGAGCCAAAUCAGGUAGUGAGUAUGGUGAGCUCAUUGAUGGCCACAUUAAGAAUGGUACCAUUGUCCCAGUGGAGAUCACGUGCCGUCUCUUGGAACGUGCAAUGAAGAAUUCUGAGAAAAAUGACUUCCUCAUUGACGGCUUUCCACGAAAUAAGAAUAAUUAUGAGGGAUGGAACAAAGAAAUGGGUGACAAAACUGAUCUCAAAUUUGUUUUGUUCUUCACAUGUCCUCUUGAGGUGUGCACCCAGCGCUGUCUGGAUCGAGGAGCAGCUGGGUCUGGGCGCACCGAUGACAACAUUGAGUCUUUGAAGAAACGUUUUGACACCUACAUGAAUGCCACUAUGCCUAUCAUUGAGCACUAUGAAAGCAAAGGUCUGGUUAGAACCAUUGAUGCCACAAGGGAUGUUGAUGAGAUUUUUGACGAAGUUUCAAAGCUUUUUGCAUAAAUUUCUCCACUGAUCACACUACCAAAAUAGAUCAAAAUGUUGAAGACUAGCAUGCUGGCAUCUUAUGUCCAUGACAUUACAAAAGAGACUGGAAAUAAGAAACAUAUAUAAGUAACUUUCUUUUGCCAAUAAGAUCAAACUAUGAACUAAGGAACCUUGUUGUAGUAGUCUCCAUCAAUUCCACAAGUGAACUAUUCAGAAGGGCUUCUCGCUAUGCCUGAUGCUUGGAGUGGUGACUUUGAUUGGAACAGCAACAAUUUUACACAUGGGUGAUAUCAGCUUGUCAUUUUUAUUAUGCAGUUGAACAUCAGUGAUCCACUUCAUUACUCUGCAUUAAGUAUCUGAUGGGGAGAUGCAGGAUAGCAGUAGUAUUAGCCAUACUUGAAGGCUUUAAGUGAUGCCAGGAAAGGGCCCUCAGGAACAGCUCCACCAGGUACUAUAUUUAUUCCAUCAGGUUAAUGGUAACUUUAAGUGGAAACCAGUAUUGCUUAAUAUACUUGUAAUUUCAUAACUUCAGGUACAUGUAAGUUCCUUUACCAAUUGUUAAGUCUUAAUAUUUAUAUGUAGUAUAGGGCUGUCAUGCAUGUCGGCUAGCCUAAUGAAUUUUUAUCCUCAGUUGGCACCACUGAGGCUGUGAAAUGAAUACCAAGAUUUAACUAUCUUACUCUCAGUCAUUAUUGGAAGCUGUCAUUCCAGGCUUACCCACAGGAAACCAGAUUAGUAUAUACGUAUUGUUACUCAUAUACACUCCUGUGUUUAUAAGAAAACCACUUUCUUUGGAUGUUUUGCAUCAUAUGAAUCAAAGUAUAUAUAUAUAUAUAUAUAUAUAUAUAUAUAUAUAUAUAUAUAUAUAUAUAUAUAUAUAUAUAUAUAUAUAUAUAUAUAUUGUUUGAAAACAAAUUGUCACAUGAAAAAUCUGAUUUUAUUCACAGAUGUACCUACCUAUUUUUAAUAAUUUUAAUCAUGACAUACUCUUUUUAUUGUUGUGCUCUUUAGCAAAUUUUCAUUGUACUCUCAUUUUUUGCUGUUGAUGUGAAUUGCUGAGAUUACUGGUAACACUCUUGUAAUUCCAUAUUUAUGAUGAGAGGAUGUUUAACAAUAAUAAACAUAUGAGGCAUUCAGAACAAAUUGGAUAUUACACAAUUCAAGAUUAAGUUACAGUAACUGUUAUUUAUAGUCAUACACAAUCUUUUAUUUGAGUGUUAAUAUAUUUGUUGAAAAAU